AUGACGAGCAUCUCUCCCAACUCGGCCGCUCGUCCGGACUAUGACUCUCUCAUUCAGGACAUUGCAGCCUAUGUCUAUGACUAUCAGAUCUCUUCACCGAAAGCGUGGCGCGAUGCCCGACUUGCCCUCCUCGAUUCAAUGGCCUGUGCUAUCGAAAGCGCCCCUGUCUGCGCGUCGUUUAUCGGCCCAGUCGCUGAGGGGACCAUUGUCCCGAAUGGCUUCCCUUUGCCCGGCACUAGUCAUGUCCUCGACCCACUCAAAGCUGCUUUCGAUCUGGGUUCUCUCAUCCGCUUCUUGGACCACAAUGACGCCUUUCCUGGCGCAGAAUGGGGUCAUCCGUCAGACAACAUUGGCGCGAUCCUGCCCGUCGCUGACUGGCUGAGUCGCAAAGGCGAAACUGGCAUUACAAUGCAGCUUGUGCUCGAGCUUACGAUCAAGGCUUACGAGAUCCAAGGCUGCCUCCAGAUGAAAAACCCGUUUAACGAGGUCGGCUUGGAUCACGUUAUUCUGGUCAAAGUCGCGUCGGCGGCGGUGUUGUCGAAACUGGUGGGCCUCGAUCGCGAGCAAGCCCCCCGGAAAGGCUGGGCAGCUGGCGACGCAUGCAUGCGCGCCGUUCAUCUCGUCCUGAUGACAAAGUCUGGGCAACCGGGUUUCCCAACUGCACUGACUGCUCCCCGAUGGGGUUUCUAUGACACUUUUUGGAGUGGCAAACCGUUCAAGCUCCCGCUCCCAUUCUCGACUUACGUGAUGGAGAACCACCUCACAAAACUGGUCACCGCUGAGGGACACGCCAUCAGUGCCGUCGAGGCGGCAGUCCAACUAGUCCCAAAACUACAAGGUCGUCUUGACCAGAUUAAGACGAUUCACAUCCGCACCCAGGCUGCAGCGAUGACCAUCAUCAACAAAACCGGCCCGCUUCACAACGCAGCAGACAGAGACCACUGCAUGCGCUACAUGGUGGCAGUCACGCUGGCCAAGAAAGACUGGCCAGAGGCGGCAGACUACGAAAACGACUCGCCGUGGGCCAUGAGUGCGCUGGUGGAGGAACUGCGCAACAAGAUCACGAUGGACGAAGACCCGAUAAUGACCAAAGAAUACCACGACCCCAAGACCCGCAACUGCGCUAAUGGAUUGACUGUCGAGUUUAUUUCCGGCGAAAAAUUGGACGAAAUCGUAGUCGACAAACCCAUCGGGCACCCCUGGCGACCAGAUACGCUCGAUGGUGCAAAAAGAAAGUUCAUGAAACUCACAGCGCAGGUAGUGGCUGAUCCCGAGGGAGUUUGGAAUGCGUUCAUGACAGAGGAUUCCGGUUUGAUCAAGGUCUCUGACUGGGUCGACCAGUUCAAGAAAAUGGCUUAA